CUGUGUCUGUAUACACACAAGCGUAACAAACAUGGACGCACUCGGCGACGACACAAAGAGAUGCUGCGACGAGGACGAUGAAUCCCUCCAGAGGAAGCGGUCGAAAGUCCAGGUUGACCACAACACAAAUGUGGCCAACCACUACAACCGGCUCCAAGAGACCGGACUCGCCGUGCGUAGCCAAAGCCGCAUUUUCUUCAUGCGGAAUUUCAACAACUGGAUGAAAAGCGUCCUCAUCGGCGAAACAGUGGAGAAGUUGCGAGGCCGGCGCCUCUCCGUGCUCGACCUGGGCUGCGGCAAGGGCGGUGACCUGCUCAAGUGGCGCAAGGGCGGCAUCGACCACCUGGUGUGCGUCGACAUCGCCGGCGUGUCGGUGGAGCAGUGCCGUAGUCGCUACGAGGACAUGAGGAGGAGGAGUCACAGGGACGAAGGCAUGUUCAGCGCCCAGUUCAUCACGGCGGACUGCACAAAGGAGCUCCUUGCCAACAAUUUGGACCGGCCCGACUUGAAGUUCGACAUCUGCAGCUGCCAGUUUGUGUACCACUACUCAUUUGAGAGCGAGGCCAAGGCUGACAUGAUGCUGAGGAACGCCUGCGAGCGCCUCAAGCCGGGUGGAUUCUUCAUCGGAACCACGCCGGACGCCUACGAGCUGGUCAAGCGCCUGGAGGCGUCUGACUCGCUCUCCUUCGGCAAUGACGUGUACCGGGUGACUUUCGAUGGCAAAGGCAACUACCCGCUCUUUGGAUGUCAGUACCACUUCAACCUAGAGCAGGUGGUGGAUGUCCCGGAGUUCCUGGUCUACUUCCCUUUGUUGGAGCACAUGGCAUCACGUUACGGCAUGCGACUGGUGACCAAGCAGCGCUUCUCCGAAUUCUACCAAGAGAAGGUCAAGCUGAGCCACCACCGCAAUCUCAUGAUGAAGAUGCUGUCGCUGGAGGAGUUCCCGGGUGAGCACAGCGAGGGUCCGCCGUCUGAGGGCCAGGACGAGUACCGGCACGCCCGUGAGCACUGCGACCGGGCGGGUAACGCCGGGAUCCGUUUGGGUACGCUCAGCAGGUCUGAGUGGGAAGCGACCAGUAUCUACCUGGUGUUCAUUUUCCAGAAGAUGUCCUGAUGGAGGUAUGGUAACUCCCAGAAUGCACUCUGAGGAACUGACCCGUACGGACACCCGUUCAUGACAUGGAGAGGAAAAACAAAUUGUGGUGUCAAUACAGAAAGAUUGUACAGAAAAAAAACACUUAAUUUUUGCUGACUAAUUACUUUUUCCCGACCUCGAAUAAGUGUUCAAAAUUCCGAUUCGUAUUGUGCCAUCCAUAUUGUGGCCACAGUUUAUUAUUUUUUUUCUCCAUGUCCUUUCUGGGGCUCCGUUGACCCAAGCUCUAUAUUCUUCGUUUUCCUCAUCACUGCUGCUUUGAGAAACCGCCUGUAUACUUCAGUUUCAAACGUCUUCUGAUUAAUAGACGCUCUUUAAGUGGACAUAUUAUGACUUUUAUUUUUUAAUAUAUACAAAUAGUUGGGACUGUGAUGUGCCUGUCCGCACAUCAAAUGUAAAAUAACACAACCAAGUAAAUGUUUUGUUGUCUUUGAGUGAGACAAUUUGAAUUUGUCACAAUUUGACCAAUUUACAUGAUCAGUUUUGAGCAAUAUGGAAAGCAUGAUGAUUGGAAUUUAAAAAAUGGUUUUGUGAAUACAACUAUUAAAGUAAAACAAAUUAAAG